AUCAAGCUCACCCUUUUUCAGAGCUUAACUGCGUUUCUAGGGUUUUCUUUCGCUUUCUUCUUUCCUCUUCUAGAUACCAAAGAUGAGUAGUCGCAUUCCCGAGGUGAAGUGGGCUCAGAGGGAAGACAAAGUUUUCAUCACGGUGCUAUUGGCCGAUACCAAAGAUGCCAAGGUCAAUCUUGCUCCCGAAGGAGUUUUUACAUUCUCUGCUACGGCUGGUACACAUCAGUAUGACCUGAAGCUUGAGCUUUUCGACAAAGUUAAUGUAGACGAGAGCAAAAUAAAUACCGGGGAGAGAAGUGUGUUUUGUAUUUUGGAGAAAGCUGAGCCGAAAUGGUGGAAGAAACUUCUGUCCGGAGAUGGCAAGACCCCGCAUUAUGUGAAAGUUGAUUGGGACAAAUGGGUAGAUGAAGAUGACGAAGCCGGUCCCACGGAUGUUGACAUGGGAGGAAUGGAUUUCUCGAAAUUUGGUGACAUGGGUGGCAUGGGCGGCAUGGGGAUGCCUGGAAUGGGGGGCAUGGGGAUGCCCGGAAUGGGGGGCAUGGGAAUGCCCGGCAUGGGCGGUAUGGGGAUGCCCGGUAUGGGUGGUAUGCCCGACAUGGGUGAUUUUUCAAUGGCUGAUGAUCUUGAAGAUAGCGAUGAUGAAGGUCAAGAAGCGGAAACAAAGACGGGUGCAACCAGCAAGGCAGCGGAAGGGGCUUCCGAGGAGAAGGCCGAAGCAGCUGUACCGAGCACAUAGGUUUAGUCAACAUGGAAGACCCGUUUGAAGUUGAUGAUGGUGCAAUUCGGGUUUCAAGUUCGGACCAUAUUUGCACACUUUUUACCCAAAACCAUGGUGUUCUCAAGACUUGGAUGUUGACUAAAAACAUACUACUAUCCCCUCUUUUAAUAUUGGACUUUUGAGUGUUGUAAUUUUAGUAGAGGUUGUAUGGCAUAUCAUACUCUUAUAUUUAAUUGUUUUGCUUUCAGUUGUGAGAUGUUAAAUUUGCCACCUUUUUUUUGGGUCAUUUAUUGAGGUUGCUUCAAAGA